UCUGUACGCAUCUUUUCUUUGCUUCGAAUAUAAACUUCUUUUUUCCUUAGAGAAAUGAUUGUCUACUACUCUAAUCAUUAGUAUUAUAACUACUUAUUAUAUAUGUGGCCUUCUUCCUCUCUUUACUAGUUUUAGCUCGCUUCUCCAAUUAAAAUUUAAAAAUAAAAAUGGGAAGGCAACCUUGUUGUGAUAGAGUUGGAUUGAAGAGAGGUCCAUGGACUAUAGAAGAAGAUCAUAAGCUUGUCCAUUUUAUUCUCAAUAACGGCAUUCAGUGUUGGCGAACUGUUCCCAAGCUUGCAGGCUUGCAAAGAUGUGGGAAAAGUUGUAGAUUGAGAUGGAUUAAUUAUCUGAGACCUGAUUUGAAAAGAGGCGCGCUAUCUGAAGCUGAAGAGGAUCAGAUUAUAGAGCUUCAUGCUCGUCUCGGUAACAGGUGGUCUAAGAUAGCAUCGUAUUUUCCAGGGAGGACAGAUAACGAGAUAAAAAACCAUUGGAAUACUCGGAUUAAGAAGAGAUUACAGGUUAUGGGAAUAGACCCUUUAACUCACCAACCAAUUGACAAGGAACAUGAAACAGAUGAGUUGUUGUCAAUAACAGAGACAUAUUAUGAUAAAAGAAAUGAAACAGAGAACAACAUUGAAAAUGCUAAUGAUAUUUCACUACCAAACAAUAGGUUGAGUGAAAAUAUCAAUGGGGAGUUAUGGAACAAAAGUUUUAAAACUAUAUCGACUUGUUACAGUCCUUCAAUUUCUUUGGAAUCUAUCAAUUUCUCAACAACAUCAACUGCUACUGAAUCAUCAAGUAAUGUAGCUGCUGCACCCGCAGAAGAAGAUUCUGUACAACAAUGGAUGGAUUCGAUAUUCUCAUGUGCGAUCAAUCAACUAGAAGAGGAUUUGUUCCUUUUGAGAAAAUACAAUUGAUAAUUCUGCAACUUUUCUUCUCCCACUCUGUUCUUUGUUUUCUUAUUUAUAGAAUUGUUCUUCAAAAUUAGAAAAGGAAAAACAAGUACAGGGAGACGAGUUUCCUCUUCGUUACUUUGGCUGUAAUUUAUAUUUCUUUGUGCUAUAUAGAACUUAGUGAAAUUUUAAUCGUAAGUUCUACAAAUUUA